UCUCCUUUGCUGAUCUCUGACGCAGUUGAAAUUCUCUUCAUUCUCUCUCUCUCUCUCUCUCUCUCUCUCAUUUCCUUCGCUUUGGUUAACUUCGAUCAAUCAUAUUGUAUCUCUGGCUUUCAAAUCAAGAACUCACUCUCUAGUACGUCUUUGCUUCAUUCUUGGAAUGUUUAAAUCUUUAUUUGGUUAGUUUGUUGCGCUUGGCAGUGAUCCUCGUCUGUUUGGCUGCUGAGACCCAACGCAAGAUAAGCAAAGGAAAAGAACGGAAAUUGUGAAGUGUUUUCCUUGCUGUUUUACUGGUUUCUCAGAUUCUCUAUCCAAAUUGCCACGGGAUAUCAUUAAAGUUGCUUGAAGGGGAUGGGAAAGACAAUUCAGGUGUACGGAUUUCCUGCCCAUGUGACUGCAGAUUCAGUUAAGGAUUUCUUAGAGACAUACACAGGAAAAGGAACUGUAGAUGCAUUAGAGGUUAUGAAGCCAAAGAGUGGCGGUCCAAGAUCAUAUGCCAAAGUUCAAUUUACAACAGAGAGAAGUGCUGAGUAUAUUAUCUCCAUGACCAAUCAAGGGCUGCGGUUUGGGAUUUCCUAUUUAAAGGCCCGCAUAAUGGAUCUUGAUAUUGUUCAAAAGCCAAAGGUCUUUCUUUAUGAAAUGGAAAGCGUAAUUUUGCAUUUUGGUUCUCAGAUCUCAAGGGAUACAUUUUCAGUGCAAAUGAAAAAUAGCAAUACCACUCUGAAAUUUGGUUUUGGACUAAGGAAACUGUAUUUCUUCCUGUCUUACCUUUCUGUAGAGUACAAACUGGAUCUCUCCUAUGAGAACAUCUUGCAGAUUGAACUUCGUUGUCCACGUGGUCAAACAGCACAGUUUCUUCUCAUUCAGUUGCUUGGUGCACCUCGAAUCUACAAGAAAAUUGAAGAGUCAUCCUUCAAAUUCUAUAUGGUAACACCUGAGGACUAUUGGGUCCGGACAACUGAUUUCACUCCAUCAUGCCACAUUGGCCAAUCCUCUGCUCUGUGCUUGGAAUUUGGAUAUGAUGUUCCACUUCCAAACUUCAGCACGUAUUUUCCAUCUUAUCAGGAAAAUGAAGGCCCAUUUACCUUGGAAAACGGUUUUACUUAUUCACAGAAUUUACAGCUAGUGCCCAUUGUGGGGCCUCCCCAAGGACAUAAAUUGCCAUAUAGCAUAUCAUUCAAGGUAUCUAUGUUGGUUCAGAAUGGAUAUCUUCCAGGACCUGUUCUUGAUAUCAAUUUUUUUCGGUUGGUUGAUCCCCAGAGAAUAGACAUUGUGUUUAUUGAACGUGCACUAGAGAUGCUAUCCCAUUUAAGUGAAUGCUGCUAUGAUCCUGUGACGUGGCUCAAAACUCAAUACACGAAUUACAUCAAAUCAAGACCAAGGAAGCCUACUAUUACCCUGGAUGAUGGUUUGGUGUAUGUGCGCAGGGUGCUAAUAACCCCUAGCAAAGUUUAUUUUUAUGGUCCGGAGGUUAAUAUGUCAAAUCGUGUUCUACGCAAUUUUCGUGACGAUAUUGAUAAUUUUCUCAGAGUCUCUUUUGUUGAUGAGGAAUUGGAUAAAAUGUAUUCAACCGAUUUGCGUCCACGUAUAGCUUCUUCAAAUGAGGAAAAAAGAACUGAUAUUUAUACAAGGAUACUGUCAAUUCUUAGAGAAGGCAUAGUUAUUGGCGAUUUGAAGUUUGAGUUUCUUGCCUUUUCCUCAAGCCAGUUACGAGAUAAUUCUGUAUGGAUGUUUGCCUCAAGACCUGGGCUAACUGCUGCUGAUAUUAGAAGGUGGAUGGGUGAUUUUUCACAGAUCAAAAACGUAGCAAAGUAUGCUGCCAGACUUGGUCAAUCUUUUGGUUCCUCUAGGGAAACUUUGAGCGUUGCUAGGAAUGAAACUGAAGUAAUUCGUGACGUAGAGGUUGUAAGAGGUGGAAUCAAAUAUGUUUUCUCUGAUGGCAUUGGAAAAAUAUCUGUUGACUUUGCUCGGAGAGUGGCCAAAAAAUGUGGACUUGAAGGUUGGACUCCAUCCGCCUUUCAAAUUAGGUAUGGUGGAUACAAAGGAGUUGUAGCUGUUGAUCCCACUUCAUCAACGAAACUGUCUUUAAGAAAGAGUAUGUGUAAGUAUGAAUCAGAGAAUACAAAGUUAGAUGUUUUAGCAUGGAGCAAAUAUCAACCUUGUUACUUGAAUCGCCAAUUGAUCACGCUGCUAUCUACUCUUGGGGUUGGGGAUUAUAUCUUUGAAAAUAAGCAAAGGGAAGCAAUAUAUCAACUGGAUGACAUCUUAACUGAUCCAUUGAGGGCACAAGAAGCACUGGAAUUGAUGUCUCCAGGGGAGAAUACUAACAUCCUCCAGGAAAUGCUUAUGUGUGGCUAUAAGCCUGAUGCUGAACCAUUUCUUUCUAUGAUGCUACAAACAUUCCGUGCUGCCAAGUUACUGGAAUUGAGAACCAAAACAAGGAUAUUUGUCCAUGAAGGGCGAUCAAUGAUGGGAUGCCUAGAUGAAACCAGAAGCUUGGAAUAUGGGCAAGUAUUUGUGCAAUAUUCUAGGGCUGGGCAUAGGCAAUUAUUUGAUAAUUCCUCUGAGUUUAGUGUUGGUGGCUCGGAACGGCAUGAAGUUAUUUUAGAAGGGAAAGUAGUAGUUUCCAAGAACCCAUGCUUGCACCCUGGUGAUGUUCGAGUCCUGGAGGCAGUUGACGUGCCAGCUUUGCAUCAUAUGGUGGAUUGUGUUGUUUUUCCACAGAAAGGAAAGAGACCUCAUCCUAAUGAAUGUUCUGGAAGUGAUUUAGAUGGAGAUAUUUACUUUGUUUGUUGGGACCCUGAUCUGAUUCCAAGCAGACAGGUUGAACCCAUGGAUUAUACUGCAGCAUCAAGCAUUGUGUUGGAUCAUGAUGUUACAAUUGAGGAAGUUGAGGAGUAUUUCACAAACUAUAUUGUUAACGACAGUUUAGGAAUAAUCUCAAAUGCCCACACGGUUUUUGCCGAUAGGGAACCCCUUAAAGCAAUGAGUGAUUCUUGCAUACAGCUUGCAAAGCUAUGCUCAAUUGCAGUUGAUUUCCCAAAGACUGGCGUGCCCGCUGAAAUCCCAUCUCAUUUACGUGUCAAGGAAUAUCCAGAUUUUAUGGAGAAGCCUCCUGAUAAGAUUACUUAUGAGUCAGAAAAUGUUAUUGGAAAGCUUUUUCGAGAAGUUAGAGACACUGCACCACAAUCAAGCUCUAUCAAAUCCUUCUUUACAAGGGAAAUAGCAGAGAAGUCGUAUGAUCGUGACAUGGAAGUGGAUGGUUUUGAAGAUUACCUAGAUGAUGCUUUUGAUUACAAAAAGGAGUAUGAUUUCAAGUUGGGAAACCUUAUGGAUUAUUAUGGGAUCAAAACAGAAGCUGAAUUGCUCAGUGGGAGUAUUAUGAAAAUGUCCAAAACUUUUGACAGGAGGAGGGAUUCUGAAGCUAUUGGCUUGGCCGUAAAGUCACUGAGGAAGGAAGCCAGAACAUGGUUCAAUAAGAAGUUAGGUGGAUCAGAUGCUGUAAAUGAUGAUAUUUAUGCAAAAGCGUCAGCUUGGUACCAUGUCACCUACCAUCCUAGUUAUUGGGGUCAGUACAACGAUGAAGGAAUGAAACGAGACCAUUUCCUUAGCUUUCCAUGGUGCGUAUAUGACAAGCUUGUCCUUAUUAAAAAGGAUAAAUUAAGUAUUAGAAGGGCUCUCCAUUUGUCCUCACUUGAGCAGAAGUUUAGCAGUGGCUUGAGUUUGAAAUAGAAAUCCAAGCUAUCCAGCAUCAAAUAAAUUCCAUGCUUUGGCAAACUGAAGCACUUGAGGAUGGCCCUAACUGAAAACUUUAAUCUGCAAAGACAGUUGUAAUGUGUGUAUCUACUCUCUCUCUCUCCCCCUUUAAGUUAUGAGUAUAUAUUUGUAUGAACUUAUCAGAUGUAAAUGUACCUUGAAUAUGGCUGUGAUUUGAUCGUCUAGGCAGAAGACCGAGAAAGGUAUGGUGUUGAUUGUGACUGGAACUAGUAACAUGUUAUUGGAAAGAUCUACUGGUUUCUUUUCUUGUCUUGUCUUU